AUGAACAGAUUGGUCUCUGAAAAUGGACAACAACUGUCAUCAAGUGGAAUUAAAAUGAUUGCAUCAAAACAAGACACAGAACAUGAUGACUUUCUGAAAAAUCAUUUGUUUUCUAACAUUGAAGACUUGUUUGAACCUUUGGAGGAAAAGACAGUCAUUAUUGUUGGUACUGUUAAGGGAAUACGUCAAAAUAUACGUUGGUAUUACCUUGCUUGUAGCAACUGCAAAAAGUCAGCAAAAGAAAAAGAGUCUUCAACUGAUAAGGUUGAUGGUUCUCAUGAAGUGGCCAAAAUCGUUACUUAUGAAUGUGCUAAUCUUAAAUGCAAAAAUAUCAAAAUUUCGGUUAUUCCAAGAUUUAAAAUCCCACUUCGGGUUCAAGACAACACAGGAACAUUGACUUUAACUUUAUUUGACCAAGAAGCAAAGAAGUUGUUCAAAUACACAGCUAAAGAGUUGUAUGAUAAAAACAAGAAGAUUAACGAGAAUGCAGACAUAAUUGAUGAAUUGGAAAAAAAUAAUCUUACUCCACAGCCUGCUAAUUCUGAUUCAUUCUUGAUUGGUUCUUCAGAUGUUGGUUCUCAUGACACCAAAGUUCUCAAGGAUUCUUUUUCACAGACCGGUGAAAAUUUAACUCCAUGUGCUAGGGACAAGUCAACUGCAACAAGUCCUAUAAAAUUCAUUUCUACACCAAUUGAGUUGAAAAGAAACCUUGCUACAUGCAUAGAUAUUGAUGAAAUGGAGAAUUUGUCUACUUCUAAAUAUCCUAGACUGUCACCACCAGAUGAACAACCAACUCCUCUUUUGGUACCCAAGAAAGAAAAGUAAAUGCAUUUUACUUCGACAAACAAUCUUACUUCGUGUUUAAUUUUGAUUUCGCAUCAUAGACUCCUAAGCCGUUUACGUUUUUAUCUUUCUUGGUUUUGAAUGUUUUUUUUGGGAUUUCAUGGUUGUCAUUUUUGUUUCUUGAAAGUACAUUCG